AUGCAUGCCCAAGUAUAUAUUUUGGCGGUUUUUUGCUUAGCGGCUGGGGUCUUUCCGGGAAAUCUGCCGCCAUUCAUUCAUCCCUGCUCCAAGUCUGACCCCAACUUGAACCAAUGCGUUGAGAAAGCGAUACAAGUGGCGGGUCCUUUGUUUGCUGACGGUAUCCCAGAGCUGGGAAUCGCCCCCUUGGACCCCAUGAAGCUCGGCACCGUGGAUGUCGAAAACCCCGCCCUCAAUCUUGUCUUCACUGACACCGUCGUCACUGGACUCAAGGAUUUCAGAGUCAAUUCCUACAAAAUCAACACAGAGACAGGAAAAGCGGUGUUCGACUUCACGGCUAACGUGACCCUGAGUGCGAAAUACAACAUGGACGGUCGUGUGCUCAUCCUCGACAUCAGAGGAAACGGUCAAGCGGAUAUAAUAAUUACAAACCUAAACAUCGUGAUUAAAUACGACUACGAGACAAAGGACGGUCACUGGGUGGUCCCGAAAUACAAAGACAACUACAAGAUGGACAAGGCGCAGUUUAGAUUUACCAACCUCUUCGGGGGGAAAAAUAAGGAACUUGCCGCCACAACACUAGCAUUUAUAAACGAAAGUUGGGAGAUUAUAAUGCAAGAUAUCUCACCGCCGUCCAUCAAAAACAUCAUUAAGCGCUGCGUUGAGGAAGCCAAGAAAUUAUUCGCUGCCGUUCCUGCAGCGGAGCUCAUGCUCCCAUAA